UUCCACCUCUCUCUCUCUCUCUCUCUCUCUCUCUCUCUCUCUCCCUCUCUCUCCAAUGUGGAACGGAAGCAGAAUACGUCUGUGGACCACCCUCUUACCAUGUCUUGCACCUCUCUACCUAGCGUUCUCGCUGUAUCACCUGACCUGCACCGUCGCCGGUGGCAUGCCGUCUACUUACACACCGGUCGAUAUUAUUCUCCUCAACUGUGGCUCUUCUCGCAAUUCAACUUCAUCAGACGGUCGGACCUGGAUGGGAGACGUGGAUUCAAACAAAUUCUCCCCCGUUGAACAAUCACAAAACCAGGCAUCUAUACCCGUCAGCCCAGUUCAACAAUCCUCCUCCACCGAGGAAGUACCCUAUGCCAAUGCCCGGCUUUCUCUCUCCGCAUUCACCUACAUGUUUCCGGUCACUGCCGGCCAAAAAUUCAUUCGACUGUACUUCUAUCCGGCUUCGUAUCACAACUUUGAUCGCUUUAACGCCCUAUUCUCUGUCAAAGCUGGUCGUUUUACUCUUCUUAGCAACUUCAGCGCUUCACUUACGGCAGAUGCCGAUGGUGGUUCCGGGGAUACCAUACUCAGAGAAUACUGUGUCAACAUCGAGGAGGAUCGGAGGUUGAACUUAACCUUCACGCCCAGCGUUGCUAAUUCAUAUGCUUUUAUCAACGGAAUUGAAAUCUUGUCGAUGCCUCUCAAUCUCUAUUACACUCCGUCUGACGAUAAAGGGUUUUCUUUUCUCGGCCGGCCGAGCCUGUAUCGCAUCGAGAACAGCACUGCUCUCGAGAUGGUAUACAGACUUAAUGUUGGAGGCCCACACAUCUCACCCACUAAAGACACUGGCAUGUUCCGGGUCUGGAAUCAGGACGACAACUACUUGAAAAUAUUUGAACAACUUGUUCUACCUGCUAACAAUACUAUUGAACUAAAGUUUACCAAGGUACCCGCGUACACUGCACCAGAAGACGUCUAUAGGACUGCCCGGUCUAUGGGGACGAACAACAAGAGCUUCAAUCUCACCUGGGAAUUCCCCGUAGACUCUGGGUUUGAUUACCUUGUUAGGCUACACUUCUGCGAAUUUCAAUCAGAGAUUACUCAGGAACAGGACAGAGUGUUCCUUAUUUUCAUAGCAAAUCAAACCGCUGAGAAAGCAGCCGACGUGAUGGUAUGGAGUGGUGGAAAAGGUUUCCCGGUUUAUAGAGAGUACGCCGUUUCGAUGAUUGGCAAAGAAGGCGAGAAGAAAAUGAACCUCCCUGUCGCAUUAGGAGCAAGCCCGCAAGAUUACAACGACGCAAUCUUGAACGGUGUCGAAAUUUUUAAAGUAAGCACCUAUAAUGGCAAUCUCGCCGGAUCCAAUCCAGACCCACUUCCAUUUACCCCUCCAAUUGUUGAGACGCCAACACCACGGACGAAGUCGAAAAAUAAUAGAACAACAAUAUUUGCCGUCGUUGGUGGUGGAGUUUCCGGCUUUGUUGUGCUGUCGAUUCUCGGGUUCUUGAUUUUCCGGCAGCGCAAGAGAGUCAAGGACUCUGGCUUCAGUAAUGGGACGACUUGGUGGGGUCCAUUUUCUUUCUCUACGACCAAGUCAACAAAGACUCACAGGUCAUCUCUACCAUCUGCUCUGUGUCGUAACUUUUCAUUGGCCGAGAUUAGAGCAGCCACCAACAACUUCGAUGGUGUUUUUAUUAUUGGUGUUGGGGGGUUCGGUGACGUGUACAAAGGGCACAUUGAUGGUGGGGCCAAUCCAGUGGCGAUCAAGAGGUUGAAACCCGGCUCCCAACAAGGGGCCCACGAGUUCGAGACCGAAAUCGAGAUGCUCUCCCAGCUUCGCCACCUCCAUCUCGUUUCUUUAAUUGGAUAUUGUAACGAGGGCUAUGAAAUGAUCCUCGUUUAUGAUUAUAUGGCCAAUGGGACCCUCCGUGAUCAUCUGUACAAUACCCACAAUCCUCCUCUUUCGUGGAAGCAGCGGCUCGAGAUUUGUAUCAGUGCAGCACGUGGGUUGAACUAUCUUCAUACAGGCGCAAAGCACACAAUCAUUCAUCGUGAUGUGAAGACAACAAAUAUCCUUUUGGAUGAGAAAUGGGAGGCCAAGGUUUCGGACUUUGGAUUGUCCAAAAUGGGCCCUACUAGCGCGUCGAAGACACACGUCAGCACAGUGGUGAAGGGAAGUUUCGGGUAUCUGGACCCAGAGUAUUUCAGACGUCAACAAUUGACUGAGAAGUCUGACGUGUACUCAUUCGGUGUGGUUUUGUGUGAAGUGUUGUGUGCAAGGGCGCCUAUAAUGCGCAGUGCAGACAAGAAGCAAGUGAGCCUGGCGGAGUGGGCCCGGCAGAGCCAUCGCAAUGGAAAGAUGGAUCAGAUUGUUGAUCCAACCUUAAAGGGUGAAAUAGCACCCGAGUGUUUGAACAAAUAUUGUGAGAUAGCGGUGAAUUGUUUGCUUGACAACGGAAUCGAACGGCCAUCGAUGAAUGACGUGGUGUGGGGCCUUGAGUUCGCAUUGCAACUGCAAGAGAGCGACAACAAAGACGUCGGGCUUGAUGGGGAACUUGAAAUUGAGAAGAAGAAUGAUGAGAAAACUCUGUUGCCCAAAUCCAAGAUUGAUGAUAGUAAUGAUAGCAUUGACACGUUUAGUAGCAGCGGUGUACAAAUGUCAACUAUAAACAGCAACCGCAACAGCAGCGGAGAGAAAAGUUCUGGUAGACUAGUAGUAGCAAUCGGGAUUCGAGCAGACUGAUGUCCUCCGGGGCAGUGCUCCCUGAGAUUAUGAAUCCUUUAGCUCGAUAAAAGAAGAGUGGCUGAACUUUUGGUAUCCUUUUCUCUGGUGAUCAUUGUUAAGCUCAAUUUCUAGAAUAUAUGUUUUAUUUAGUUUGGGUGUUGAAUCCGAA